CUUCACACACCUUCAAAACAUAUUAUUAGGAUUGUCAAUGUCAAAGUAGUCAAAUUUGCUGAAAAACAAUAAAAUGUCCGCACUAGAAAACCAGUUGCUACACGUGAGCAAGCUCCUCGAAAACCAAAUAGACACAGCCAUCGACCAAAUCGACAACUUAGACGCCAAAGACCUGGAACAAAUCCGAAAGGCCCGCGUGGAGGAGAUGAAGAAACUCGAGGGCAAAAAGCGUGAGUGGCUGCUCAACGGACACGGCAAAUACGACCAACUGGGCGAAGAGAAAUUGUUCUUUGAUGUCAUAAAACGGUCCGACAACGUGGUGAUACACUUCUUCACCCACAGCUCAUUCAGGUGUGAGAUCGUUGAUAAGCACCUAAAAAUUUUGGCUCCAAAGCACAUCGAGGCCCUGUUCACCAAACUCGACGCUGAGAAGUGUCCUUUUCUGGCUCAGAAGCUCAAAAUCAAAGUCAUCCCUUCGAUAAUUUUAAUUCAAAAUGGAAUUAUGGUUGAUAGAAUAAUCGGAUUUACACAAUUGGGUAACAGGGAUGACUUUACCACUGAAGUGUUAGAGUGGAGAAUUGCUCAGAACAACGUGAUUAAUUAUGAUGGUGAUCUGACCACACCACCAGAUCAGCAAAAGAAGAAAUCAACAAAGUCGACAAUCAGGGAUGGCUUUUACAACGGAGAUGACGAUGAUGAUGAUUUUAAUAUUGAACAAGAAGCAACUGUCAAAAACAAUUUGGAACCUGAACAAGGAAUUAAGUUCCAAAGUGAGUACCUCUCUACAGAACUUACAGAGGAAGAAGCUGCUGAAUUGGGACUCGAUUAAAUUAUGCUUUAUACAUAUCUGAACUUCAUUUUAAUACAUAUACAUUUAAUAAAACUGAUUCCACUAUUUA